AUGUUGUCUCAGUCAUUUGCGACCUAUUGCCUUGUUGCAUGUACAACUUUUAUACUGUAUUAUGCUGUCGCAAAAGUGAAGACUGCUUUGUACGGUCCCCUGUCCAAGAUACCUGGGCCUGCUAUAGGACGAUGGACAAACCUCGUCGUCAAAUAUCACACACUUUCUGGCCGGCGCAUGCAGUACAUAGAUUCUCUAUUUACACAGUAUGGCCCUGUUGUCCGUAUUAGCCCAACAGAUGUUGGGAUCAACGACCCUGAUGCCGUCAAAGUCAUACAGAAGGUAUCUGGUGGCUUUCAAAAGUCAGCUUGGUAUGACAAGACUGGUCCCGGGAUGCUGGGAAUGAGAAAUCGCGAAAAGCACGCUUGCCGCCGUCGCUUCCUUGCGCACCCCUUGAGCAACUCGUCUUUACCCGCUUUUGAGCCUUUGAUCCGUGCCAAAGUGGACUUGGCGAUAAGUCAGAUGCAGAAAGAGCAUAGAAGUUUGGGAUACGCUGACUGCCAUAAGUGGUUCAGCUUCAUGGCGACUGAUAUCAUUGGUGAUUUAACUUUUGGUAGUUCCUUUCGAAUGCUUGAGCAAGGCAGAAGAAGCCAGUACGUUGAGGAUUUACAGGCUGUGAUGCCCACAGUCAACAAAAGGAUCGAGCUCUCUCCAUUCUUCGACUUGAUGUUCUUACUUCCACUGCCCCAAGUUAAGAGAUUCUCAGAGAGGUUUCAGCGAAUUCUCAAAUAUGGCGAAGAAUCUAUCCGCCGUCUACAACUAGCUCAGCUGACAGGCUCGCUUGACACCCCGAUAUUCUUCGAGAAGAUCAUGAAUCCGAAGAACAAAGAGAAUGCCUUAACAGAUCUCGAGAUGCAGCAAGAAGCAGCAGAACUCAUGAUCACGGGAACAGACACUACUUCUAACACACUGACAUAUCUAGUAUGGUCGGUUUUACAGAGUCCCAGUAUACGGGUACGACUCGAAAAGGAAGUAUCAGUGCUCUCUGCAGACUUCAAAGAUGCUGACCUUGUGAAACUGCCAUACUUGAAUGCGGUAGUAAUGGAGUCCUUGAGACUGUAUGGAGCUGCAUCUGGAGCGCAUCAGAGGGACGUUCCGAAGGGCGGCUGGGAAGCUUGUGGCUACAUGAUUCCGGAUACCGCGACCGUUUUCACGCAAGCAUUCUCCUUGCACCGACUACCUGAAGUGUUUUCAACCCCAUAUAAGUUUGACCCAGAUCGCUGGCUUAGUCCAACAGCUGAGAUGCAAGAGGCAUACAUUCCGUUUGGAGGAGGACCUCGAAUUUGUAUUGGUAUUCACCUCGCUUAUAUGGAGCUUCGGGUCACUACAGCAGCUUUCUUUCGCAAGUUUCGAGGAGCCCAGGUUCAUGUAUCAAUGACCAAUGACGACAUGGAGUUGGAAAACUACACGUUGAUCGCCCCAAAGUCUCACAAGUGUCUCAUUACGCUGUGA